GAGUUUGUAAUAGUACACCUUUUUUUUUUUUUAACUAUUUCCUUUCAGAGAACCAGGGAGGGGAGGGAAGAGAGCGAGACAGAGAGAGAGAAUGAGGGAGAGAGUGCAGUCUGAGCUCAAAUUCAGUUGUAUUAGUGCAGUAGUACCAUUUCGACCGGGAUAUAGCCCAAGGACUUGUCCGAGCACUCCAGUCAACUGAAGGAUAUUUUGAUUUGAUAUAAUCUGGGAUGACAACUUGAUUCGCAAAGGCUUGAAUCAAAACAUGACCCAACGAGUUUUUUGGUUGAUAUUUCUGUUAGACUGCUGAAAUAACACACCUCUCUUCACCAAUCCUGUGGAAAUCACGUGCACUGCAUAAGGCUGGACAGGUAGACAGAGCGAGAAAAAAAAGGGUCAUACCUGGUAACCAUCAACAAUCCCGGAACAAGACGAGCACAAACAGCAUGGAGAAUGCUGCAUCAGAACCAACUUGGCAUGGACCUGACGCACGCACAGAAUCUGCGUGGAACUCCUAUACAACUCCCUCCCGUGAAAACAGUGGACAAAACGGCUCGUAUGGUGGCGGAUCGUAUUUCUGGCUGCUUCAGAACAGCUCAGCGGGGACCACUAAUGCCCCGCUUCCAGCCAGGGUCCGGAACAUGGCACUGGCGCAGGCUGAAAUCGGCAUCCUGAGCUUGGUCCUGGCGCUCACUACGCUGAGCAACGGCUUUGUGUUGUGGGUUCUGCUAAGGAGACGCAAGCACAAUGCACCCAUGCACCUCUUCAUGGUUAACCUCUGUAUAGCUGACUUGGUAGUGGCUUUUUUUCAGGUUCUCCCUCAGCUGGUAUGGGACAUUACAGAGAGGUUCCAGGGGCCUGAUGCACUGUGCCGCUCAGUGAAGUACAUGCAAAUCGUGGGCAUGUUUGCAUCCUCCUACAUGAUAGUGGCUAUGACAGUAGACCGCCAUUACGCCAUAUGCUGCCCCCUUCAGGCCUACAGACUAGGGGCAAUCUCACGCUGGAACACACCCAUCAUGGUGGCCUGGGGUCUGUCUCUUGUACUUAGUGUACCGCAGGUGUUCAUUUUCUCCAGGUCUGAAGUAGGGAAAGGGGAAUUCGAAUGUUGGGGACACUUUGCCGAGCCAUGGGGUCUGAAAGCUUAUGUGACAUGGAUGACUCUGGCUGUCUUCAUCCUUCCUACCUUCAUCAUCACAGUGUGCCAGGUGCGAAUUUUUAGGGAGAUCCAUGACAACAUCUACCUGAAGUCGAAGCGGGUGGUGUCGGCCGACUCGAAGAGAAAUUUAGUUCUCUUCAGAAUACCCAGUCUGCGAAAUCAGAACGACAAAAGCAGAGAAAAAGAAAGAGGAAGAGGAUCCACAUUGAAAGAUUCCAGAAGAGGAUUCCAUCGGAGGAAUAAAAGUGACUCAUCCCAGUCAUUCUGCAAUGCCCGUGACUCCCAGCAUACACUGCAGCCAGACUGCUGCAACUGUCUCUUUCAACACAGUCAGGGUACACAUGAGCUACAAUACAACACUAAGUCCCCUGAUGUACUGCCUCCCACACUCACCCACACACACUCUACCAUAAAUCAGAGCAACUCAGCAGUUCACGGGCCUUUUCCUGAAGGUGCGGCUGAUUGUUAUCGGACUUCCGUGGAUUACUCUGAGCCCUACGCCAAGUCAUUUGAGACCCCUAUGAAGAGUUGUAAUUUAGUUCCUUCUGUCAGGGCUUCGGUGUCCAUUUCACGCCCGGUGACUCCUCCCCCUCCGGGUGUAUCCAGGGCAAUGUCCAAAACACUGAGGAUGACCUUAGUCAUAGUGCUGGUCUAUACCAUGUGCUGGUCACCCUUCUUUACAGUGCAGCUCUGGGCCGCUUGGGACCCAAACCCACCAGAUCAAGGGGUGGCCUUCACUAUCCUGAUGCUGCUGGCCAGCUUGAACUCCUGCACGAAUCCCUGGAUCUACACCGCCUUUUCCAGCAGCGUCUCUCAUGAACUCGUCUCCAUUCUGCAUUGCCGGCCUCUAAUGGCUCGCAGGGGCUCUGUACCUGAUGACUCUAGUGCUAUACACACUACCAGCACCACCAAGGACUACCCGUUCUGAGCCACUGACACACACACACACACACGGGUGAGCCGAUUUACAAAUUAGAGCCAAGCUGCAGACAAAAGAAGAUGAGCCAUGCAACGAGAGAUUUACUGUCGGGAGAUAUCGUGCUUGAUUGGCCUAAUCGCAUUGUGGAAUUUACCACAAAGGCCAAGUAGGACACAAACAUGAACUGAAGAACAUAGUCAUGAUGGGAACAAUUAGAUAGAUGUUAUGUCAUGUCUACAAAAACAUGGAGAUACUUGAGACACUUCACUCUGAACAUAUGAAGAGCAUAUCAUUAUUUCUCAAACACUAAUUUUCAAAAGAA